AUGGCAAACCUGGAGGCGCUUCCAAGUGAACUUCUGGCUCGGAUUAUUUCGUUCUCCGACAGGAAUUCACUUGCACAGUUCAGACUCACGAGUAAGAGAUUAGAAGAAAUUGCAGUUGCAAAGCUGUUCGAAAGAGUUACGCUUUAUGCUCAUUGGGCAAAAGAGAGCGAUGACGAGGAGGAAGAGAAGGCAGACUGCGAUCACAAUCACGGAAUUGAUACCGAAGAUACCGAAGAAGUCAAUCGAAGAGACACUUUCAAGAGAAAUGAUCAAGCAGUGGAACAAGACGAAGCAGGCGACUUCACAGCUGGGUCAGACCUAGAGCAAGAUCAAAGAAACGUAGUCGAAAGGUCUAAUCGAGCAAUGCAACAAGACGAAGAGGAUGGGUUUGUAGCUGGCUCAGACAUAGACGAAGAUGACCUACCUGAAACUGGAAUGGAUGGCGACUUGGAACUUAGACCACGUAUUCGUGAUGAGGGCUCCAGACAGGAGCAAUCGACAGACGAGAUUGAUUUGUUUGCAGAAAAAACAAACCAGCUGUCCCCUCACCCCGACCCUUUUAGCGGACGACUUGAUGACUUCCAACUGUACGAGGAGCAAUGCCGGCAGAAGUGGGAAGCAAGCAGGCCUCAGUGGGCCCGUGAAGAUUUCCCCGGCCCCUCUGACUACGAUGCCACUGUGUUCAGAAACAUUAUGGAGAAUGAUCGACUGAAGAAAUACGCAAAGGAAGUGCAAGUGUACACUUGCGAGACGCACUGUGUGAGCAGGAACAUCACAUUGCAGGACCAUCACCCUAGGACUAGAGCCGACUUGUAUCGUGAAUCAUGGCCAAGGCCGAAUUUCCACCCUGUCUAUAAAGAAUGCGUCGAACGGCUUGCUGAGUUUCCAAAUGAUGAUGAGGUUUUCCAAGAUGCGGAUUUCCAACAUAAGUGGUUAGAACACAUUGUGCAGUCAACCAACAACAACAUAAGCAAUAUCGCCGUUCGCCACUAUGAGAACCCACAAGAUGAAGAAGGUGCGGAAACCCAUACGCCGCAUUUCUUGCAUAAAGUCGCAACAGCUUCCUCAUUGCGACUAAGUGUGAAGCACGAGGAGAUGCAUCCAGGUUCGGGUACAACAUAUCGCGAUGGCCGUAUACACCCCUUCUGGAAGACUUUCCCAGCCCAAUUACUCCAACCAGCCAGCGAUACCCUCACAACCCUCGUCCUGUACUCCGACCUGCCCCUCGGGUGGUUUCCGAAACUCGACCUUCGAGCUGUGCACCUCCCAAAACUGUCAUCGCUCACACUCGGCCACCAUGUUUUGCACCACGAUCACCAAGUAAACUGGAUCAUAUCGCACCGUGACACACUACGCGAACUGAUCCUCGACCGAUGCUCCGUACUCUACCAGAUUGGCUGCAGCAUCCACAACUGGCUAGACGAUGAUGGUUAUCCCAGGAACGUCGACCAAUUUGGAGAGUACGGAUACUCAGCUGAUCCCAAUGAUGAAGACCCUGCGGAGUUCGAGCGUGAGCUCCUUUUGAAGUCCAAUGAUGUCCGCUGGCAUACCGUGUUCUCCCGCUUCGCAUCCUCUCUUCUCAACCUGCGAGAGUUCCGCUUCGGAAGCUCGACGGAGUGGGAUUUCAAUACCACGACUCGCCAUUUUCGCGCUGGCGCGGUUACUCACAUGCCUAUCAUUCCCUGGGAAGACGAGCACAAUAUCAAAAGUGGGCUGUUUGAGGAGAGAUAUGUCAUCUGGGACGAUUGGCAGAACGAGUACCGCUCGAAGUGGUUCGAAAAGGAUUCGCGUGGAAGAAACAAGUUUGGGGACGGGUGGCAGGAUGAGUGGCUGGCAAGGUUGGAGGAUUAUCCCUGGUGUGGGAAGGAAGAUGGAGAUGCACUGCAGGCAUUACUACAGGCUGUUGAGGGUCGAUAA